CCUUUUAAUGCAAAAAUCAAAUAUUGCAAAGACUCCUGAAGAAGCAACUCACAUAGUAGCUCUUGUUAGGAAACUUGUCUUGGCAAUAAAUGGGAACACAAACGAAGAAGGCAUACCCAAUUCUCAAGCCAAACAAGUGCGUUUAGCUCUCAAAAUACUUUCCUCUCGCAUAUCAUCUAGAAAGCAAUCUUAUGCUGACGAACAAGUUACUAUAGAAAGACUUAAACGCUCCCUUGCAAAAGCAAACAGAGUUCGAGACGCAGUGCGACUUUUGGAGUUGGUAAACUCCCUUAAACAAUUGUGUGACAGUCAUCAGUUGAAAGAUAUUCUUUAUUUCUUGGAAGAACUUUCUUACCAUGAACAGGAAUUGUCUCUCAGUAAGCAACAGAUGUUUGCCAAUCGACUUUCAGAAUUUUCUCUCGAUUCGAACUUUUCCAACUCGAAGAAUUCUUCCAAAACUAGUAUCCCACUACUAGAUAGCGGAAUUGGAGAAUACAAUCAAGUAGAAAAACUAGAAAAUGGAAGCAAUGAAGACAAUUCUUGUGAAGACUCGAAGUCGAACAAUACAGUAAGAGAAGAUGCAUUUCAAGAAUACAUUGUAAAAGAAAACGAAGCCUACGAAAUUUCCGAGGCUAUUCUUGUGAGAGAAGCCAUUUAUGCUGUUCAAGGAAUAGAAGGCAAAUAUGUGAAAUAUCAAGAGCAGAAUGAAGAGUACGCAGUGGCUCCCCAUAUAGGAGUUCCACAGCCUGUUAGAGAACUGGUUCGAAGAAUUUGUAAAAUGGGAUGGUUGUAUAAGUACCUGAAACAACAACUGCAGCAGUUGCAAAGCAAUCCUUCUUAUGGUGCAGUAAGCCGAAGUUUUUGUGGUGCCGUUGAAAAUGAAUUGGAUGAAUAUUACGAAAUGCUUGCAGAAAUAGAAGCUCAGGCUGGAAUGACUAAUUUUGAAAAUAUUGAAAACGCUGGUUUACUUGCUGCAAAAGGACGCAACGAAUUGACUUUGAGAAAGUUGUUUGUUUGGUGUCAACAGCCUUUGGAGAAACUGAAAUGGCUCAGCGUUUUGACUGAAGCUGCAUAUAACAAAAAGGGCGGUGAACUGCUAUCUAUUCUUCAUGAAUUUACCUUACAUGGUGACAAAAACACGCGAAGUUUAGUUUGUUCUGUUUUGCGAAAGGCAUCAGUACCUCUAUUUGACUCCAUUCGUAAAUGGGUUUUGGAUGGAGAAUUGGAUGAUCCUUAUGAAGAAUUCUUUAUAGCUUCUCGUCAAGGCAUUACUGCAGAAGACAUAUGGGAAAAGAAAUUCUAUAUUCGUCAAUCCAUGGUGCCUUCCUUUUUAGCCAUAGAGCCUUAUCUUAUUUCUUCCAUUUUGUCAUGUGGAAAAACUAUGGUUUUCCUUAGGAAAUGCUGUUCUGAUGGGUCAUGGUUAAGUGAUAAAUUUCGAGAGCCAUCUUUUAGAGAAAAAUCACUUGGAUACAAUCAAGUCGAUUCCCUUCGUGCUUUUGUUCAGACUGUCUGCGAAGCUUCUUCGAAUCGUUUGAAAUUUUUACUAUUUGAAAAAUUUCUUUUGAAAGGCCACUGCAUGGCUCUUAGAAACCUCAUUUUGUUGGGACAAGGAGACUUUGUGCAGAAUCUUUUAGAUAGUUUGGCUGCUGAUUUGAAUGAGCCAUCUUCUGAUUUAUAUCGCAACAACCUGUUGGGUACUCUUGAUGCGUCUUUGAGAAGCUCUUCUGCUGCAGUUACGAUUGCAAAUGCUCUCAAUGCAGAAGACUCCACGAUUGACAAUUUCACAAAUGAAGUAUUGGAUAGAAUGGAUGUGAGACUUUUACAUCCCUCUUCUGGUGCACAAGGAUGGGAUAUAUUUAGUCUCGACUACAGAUUCGAUGUACCACUGACAAGUAUUUUUACGAAAGAUGUAAUGGAAAUGUAUAGAAAAAUAUCUCGUUUUUUAUGGUAUCUGAAACGUUCGAACUAUUUGCUUUGUACUACUUGGAAUAUGCAUUUCCUUUCGUCUUCUGAAGAGCGUAGAAAUACAAAACUUCAAAUGAAACCAAAUGCAAGAACGCUUUAUAAUAAGAUUCAUUUUGUACGAAUGAAGAUGAUGCAUUUUGUUGAAAAUUUUCAGUAUUAUGUCAUGUUUGAAGUUUUAGAGAUUUCUUGGAACGAGUUGUUAAAUAAACUACAAAAAGCUCAAGAUAUGGAUGAGUUGAUUCAAGCUCAACGAUUAUUUAUCAGUAAAAUACUUGAGAAACUUAUGCUAAAGGAGAAAUUUCGAAGUCAGUAUGAACGAAUUCGACAGCUAUUGGACUUGACUGUGCGAUAUCAUUCUUUUAUGGUGAGUAUCUAAAGUUGCUAUCAAGUGGAUUGUAAAGACUAAAGUGUUUUUCAAAGAGAACCUGGGCAAUGCAUAAAAGCAUCAAAGACUUG